AUGAGCCCGUCGUGGCGGUCUGUCCUGCAGGACCACCUCCAGCCAGCUACCUCUCUGGCGGCGGCGCUCCCCCUCCGCCCCCUCGUCCCCAGGCAAUCUGCGCCUACCCUGAUGGUGUCGCACCUCCCCCGCCUCCUCCGUGCCUCCCUGGUGGCGCGGUCUGUGCCAAUCCGGCGUGCUACCUGCCGGCGCACGAGGAGCCGGAGUUCGGAGGCUACUGCUGUGGCAAGUGCAGGCAGUGGCACGCGAACGGCUACAGGAGGCCGAAGCACGGCGACCGGUGCACUCAGCAUCGCGGCCCUGCUGGGGCCGCUGACGCGCGCUGUGCGCGGGCGCCCGCAGUUACGUCGGGCCCGCGGCCGCCCUCGGUGCUGGAGCGGCUCUGGGCCACCUCGAGAGUCGAGGUCCAGGCCAGCAUCGACCUGGACAGCGUCACACGUAGAGUGCUUGACAGGGGCCAGGCCUGCGUCGGCGGAUUGGCGAUCCCGUCAUCGUGGAGGAGGAGGACGCCGAGGGGCCCGUCACCUCGCUGCGUGCUCCCGUCGACAGCGGCUGGGCGACGCUGGUGGAGUUGCGGGAGGACGGCGAGGUCAAGGUCAGGUGCUCCUUCCAGGGCGUCGAGCGAGAGCUGGUCGCCAUGCUGAAGGGUGCGGACAUCAAAGCCGCCUGGAGAGGCUCAGUGACUACUGGUGGGAGUCGGACAAGCAACGCCACUACGCGGAAUGGGCCUGGAAGGCGCUGGAGGCUGCCCUGGCGAACGUGAGGGAGGCGGCGGUACACGCGUUGCGGGAGGACCCUCCUGGCGAGGGCGUGGUCCCGGACCUGCUGCGGAAGCGCGACGAGGCUCGCCAGGACGCCCUGGCAGAGCUGAAGCGGUCCAUCGACGAGACCGCGCACGCGACGCGCAGAUCGCACGGGUGGCGCGGGGGCGCGCCGCGGCAGGAGUUCCUGGCGACGGCGCUGGAGCGCGCGAAGGUGCUUGACAGCGCCGUGCGCGCAAAUAUAGGCGAGGAGCUGCGGGAUCUGGAAGAGCGGAAGAGGGCUGCUUGCAGAGCGAGGAAGACUCUGCGCAGUGCCAACUACCAGCUGGAGAACGCGGAGGACAACGAGGACGGAAAGCCAGACGAGGACGAGGUGAGGCGAUGCCAAGAAGAGCUACGGGUGGCGAAGCGGCAGGUGCGCGAGGAUGGGGCGGCAUACAAUAAGUGUGUGGCGCGGUUGUGGAAGCUCGCUGAGCAGGCCCCCGAAGUCCUGAUUCACAUCGCCGACCAGGCGGAGAAAUACCUCAGGGCGGAGCUCAGGAAGCUCGAGCUGCCCCAGCAGAGUGAGGUUCAGACCGUGCUGGACGACCAGCGAGACAUCAGCCACUACGACCAGGAGCUGUCUAGUAUGCGCGUUCUGGCCAAUCGGCGACACGAGGUGUAUGCAACCUCAUACGAGGGAGUUCGUUGCGUGCUUAAGGCCUUCAGCCUUCACGAGAGAAAGGGGCUGGAGAGCUUCAUCAAAGAGAUCUUGCGACACAUGAAACUGAGGCACCCACUAGUUGUGCCGCUGAAGCAAGCCUUCUUCGAUUUGAAUACCAACAAAGGGUUCCUGCACUUUGACGAAUACGAGUGCAGUCUCGAGCAGCGGAUCAAGAAACCUUUGUCAAGGUCUUCCAAGGGCGCAUCAGUGCAGGCCGGGAUGCCCGACCGCCUCGCAUUCGCGCGGCGGAUCGUCCACGCGAUGAUCCAGUCAGUCGCCCACAUGCACACGCACAACGUCGUGCAUGGCGAUCUGAACCCCUCGAACUGGCUCUGGGACGGCGGGAAGGAGCUGCCACGAUUGAUUGACUUCGAGACAGCCGUGGAGGCCCCCACCGAGGGGGUCGCGGCCACGUCCGUGCAGAGCACCGCUCUGCACACCCACGGGUACACCGCCCCUGAGCUGACCGCGGACCCACGUCGCCAGAGAACCAAGGAGUCCGACGUGUACGCCCUGGGCAGGUCCAUCGAGCAGGUCCUCAGGCAUCGAAGCGACUGCCCGAUUCUGUCGCACCCCGAGCGGAAGCAGCUUCAAGAUCUGGUCGAGGCUAUGACCAGGAACAAUCCAGACGACCGCAUCUCGGCUGCCAAGGCAGUGCAGGACUGGUGGACGUCGACGAGCAGUGCCGAUUCGCUUGUUGUGGCGUGCGACGAACUGGAGCACACUCAGUCGUGCAUCUCUGACCACUUCACAGCCAGGGGUGACAGCCGGCCAGAGCCCAUUUCCAACUUGAUCGACGCCGUGGUCGAAAACCCCGAGCUACCGCUGAACGAUGAGCGCCUCGUCAUGGACGUUGUGAGGAGGGGAGGCGAGAUGAAGUGCCUCGACAAUCGGCGCCUGUACUGCUUCAAGGAAGCGCAGGGCAGGCUGCGCGGUCCGAAGGUCUUCGUGCGCAUCCGUCUGUGGGACUACAGCCACGUGUGGACCAGGUACGAGGACAGGCUGCGCCGCAAUCCUGACGUCCAGCCUGGGGAGCGCCGCAUCCAGGUGCGGCGCUGCAGACGCACCCACGUGCGCGGCAGGUACUAG